AUGUCAACUCCCAUGGAUGUAGAUGAAGUACCACCUGCACAGCAAGAGCAAGCUGACGUCAAGGGCAAAACAAAAGACGUAGCUGAAAAGAAGCGAUUUGAAGUCAAGAAGUGGAACGCUGUUGCUCUAUGGGCUUGGGAUAUCGUCGUCGACAACUGUGCCAUUUGCCGAAAUCACAUUAUGGAUCUUUGUAUUGAAUGCCAAGCCAAUCAAGCAUCUGCUACUUCAGAGGAAUGCACAGUAGCCUGGGGUGUUUGUAACCAUGCUUUCCACUUCCAUUGUAUAUCCCGCUGGCUCAAGAGUCGUCAAGUAUGUCCUCUAGACAAUCGCGACUGGGAAUGGCAAAAAUAUGGACGAUAA